AUGACCGAACCAGCGUUUCGCGGCACACUGCUGCUGCUGCAGAACCGCACUCGACGAGAUCCGGAGUCAUACCGCGACGAGUUCCUAGCUCAACUGGAUCACUUCAGGGCCUCCAGCGCCACCGUACUCUCCCAGCACAGCCUCAAUCCUCAGUUCACCGCGGUGCUCAACUAUGUCUGCCACGUUAGCCACUGCUUCCCAAAGGAUGCUGGCGUGAUCGUGAACAUUGUGAUGGAGCUGCUACGCGCCUCCAAAGGCAACGGGGUGCCGAAAGACUUGCGUCUGGCGCUUGUGAAAUCGCUGAUUCUACUGCGCGCCAAAGGCCUUGUUUCGACGGAUCAGACCUUCCCCCUGUUCUUCAAGUUGUUACAGGAGCGUGACAAGACACUGCGCAAGAUGAUCUUGACGCACGUCGUGAGCGACAUCCGCAAGGUGAACCUGCCGGGUGCAAAGAACGGUGCACAGACGAAUAGGAAGGCGCAGAGCUUUCUUUUCUCUGUCAUGGCAGAGGACGAUCCAGUUCAGGCGCGCUGUGCUGAGAUGGUCAUGAUCGACCUCUACCGCCGACGUGUCUGGAGUGACGAGCGGACUGUGGAGGUGCUCACCAAGGCAUGCUUCUCGAAGCACACACCAAUCCUGCGCACUGCACUCCGCUUCUUCUUGCUUCAAAUGCCCAGAAUCACCUCCAUGAACGACGAGGGCGGUGAGGACGCCGAGGAGCAGGACCCUGGACGCACCAUCUCGAAGCUGAAGCAGAAGGUGAAGAUCGUGAAGAAAACGUCGAAGCGUGAGCGAGUAUUGAAGCGCAGCGUCCGCGGAGUGAAGCGCAAGUACGACCGGCAAGAGAGGGAGGAGGAGCUCUUCGCGAAGCAGCACGUCGACCCCAUCCGCCUCCUGCGCGACCCACAGCAGUUUGUCGAACGUCUCCUGGCGAAGCUGCAAAAGACAUCGGAGCGCUUUGAGGUUCGCCUCCUGUACUUGAAUGUCAUUGCGCGCGUCGUCUCAGAGCAUGAGGUGCUGCAUCUCCCGCUCUACGGCUUUCUGGAGCGGUACAUGGAACCCUCCCAACUCCAUGCCACGCAGCUGCUCGCCCUCUCCGCCAUGUGCGUACACAAGAUGGUGCCUCCGGAUGCCAUUGAGCCGCUGCUGCGCACCAUCGCAAACCAUUUCGUCUCGGACCGCUCGUCGGCGGACGCGAUCACAGUCGGCAUCAACACGAUUCGAGAGAUUUGUAAGCGUCAGCCCCUUGCGAUGAAUGCCGACUUGCUGAAAGACCUGGCCGAGUACAAGAGCCAGCGUGGCGACAAAGGUGUCAUGAUGGCGGCACGUGCGCUCAUUCAGCUCUACCGCGACGUGUACCCGGAGUUGCUGCCAGCGAAGCUGCGCGGCGGCAAAGCAGGCGCCGUGGACGUGACAAAGAAGCCAGUCUACGGCUCCACACACGUGUACACCGACAUUCCGGGACUCGAGCUCUUGUAUCACGACAUUGACAACGACGAUGGCAGCGACAGGGGUGACAGCGAGAGCUCCUCGUCUGAGGACGACUCCACCAGCGGCGAGUGGGCAACUGACUCUGACAGCGAGGCUAACGGGGACGAUGUCGACGGCAAGUUCGUGGACGUCCCCAACUCUAGCGCAGAAGAGGAAGACGAAGGCGAGGAUGUGUGUCCUCAGCUGGUACCGGUAUACGAGCACAACCACUCUGGUGCCGACCGGACCGAUGCAGUCGACGAGGGACCCCACAAGCGCACACGUCUGGAAGAUGCUGCGCCCGCCGCUGUUGCGUCACAGAACGGCGCCACGCUCAGCCAGAGUGCUACAGACGGCGAGGAUGAAGAGACGGGCUCUGACGGUGAUGAUUACGAGGCAGUCAGCGACGAUGAAAGCGACACCGAGGAGGUCUCGAGUGAGAGCGACGACGGCGACAGCGCGUUUGGCUGGGAGAGCUCGUCCGACGAUGAGGAGAGCGCAGAGGCGGAGAACGAGGAGGAGCCUACUUCUCUCUCCGUUGCUUUGGCUAACGCGAGCUCCGAUACGGAAUGGUUUGAGGACCUCACUGGGGACAUGGGCACCAACGCCUCCUUGUCACACCGACCGGCGUCUGUCUCGAGCUCCAAGGCGUCCUCGACCACCUCCAUGGCAUCAUCACGCCUAUUGACAGAUAGCGACUUCCAGAAGAUAAACCAGCUGCGUGCGCAACAUGGAAGCCACCUGUCGCUGCGCGGCAAGCUGAAGGAGCGGGAUGCACGCACCAAGAAGCGCCACGAGCUCAUCCACGGGAUCAGCAACGACCUUGACGCGCACGACGUGGAACUCUUCACCGAGAAGAAGCGUGAGGCGGACAAGCAGGGAAUGAUUGAGCAGGCGCAGGAGCUGCGAAAGGCCUCCUCGAAGUUUGAGCUGCAGCGCAAGAAGAAGACGAAGCUGAACUCCACGCAUGGGGAGCACUCAAAGCGCGGAAAGCUUUUCCAGAUGACGAAGCGGUCGCAGCGUGUGGCGGCGAAGCUAAAGAGCUCUGUGGCUGACCGCGCCACCCGCGCGAAAGAAAUGCAGAAGAAGGACAUCAAGUUCCGCAUCAAACGUGGCUGGAAGGCGUAG